CCCAUGCAUGAGGUGGAUGCCCAAGAGACAUCAUUCCAGAUCCUUGAGGGCUUGUCUUAUAUGCAUCGUAAAGGGAUUGCUCAUCGAGAUAUUAAACCUGGUAACAUACUCAUCAGGUCCCAGCCACCAAAAAGUAAAUGAUUGGUCAAAAUCAGUAAUUUUAGCAUGAGCAAAACGCAUUGAAGCGUCCAACGCACAAUCAACCGUCAGCGACACAAUUCAGUAUAUGGCACCGGAGCUCCUCUGGUAUGAGCCAGGCAAUCCCAUCCACUACAUGGCAGCCGAUAUGUGGGCGCUUAGCGCAAUGGUCUACCGAAUGGCUCACCCUGAUGCCCGUCUUUUCUACUCCGGGCGCGUAUAAUUAUUAUCUAGUAAAUAUGGAUGCGUUUCCUUUAGAAGAGCUCAGAAAGCGAGGCGCCAGCUCAGAUGCGGUACUGUUUAUUCGUUCGCUCAUGGGGCCUCACCCUGGAGAGCGCCUUGCGUCAGACAAGCCCGUGGAACAUGUUGGGUUGCAUCUUUUAAGAGCCAGUUAACACAAAUCCCUGCAUCACCGGCACCCACACCAUCGUAAGUAUUGCAUGUAAAGCGUAAGACAAAGAGGCCAUGCAAAUUAC